CAAACUGGUAUAAGAAGGUACUUUGACCGGUGUUAUCCUGCUUGUAGACAGGUUAGCGGUCUACAAACGUGUUUCCGACCCCAGAAGGACAGCGCGUCACGUGGUUGUGAGGGUGUGGCGGAAGUGGAGAGAGCGGUCUUCCGGUCCCCUCGUCCCUCGGAUACAGCUCACACAGCUCACACAGCUACACCGACUAGAGCUGGUGCUGCUGGCUUCAACAAUAAGUCCCCCAGGAGAGCCAUGGACCUAAGUGGAGCCAGUGAGGGGCCUGGACCAGGCAGAAGACCCUCCAGUCCCUCCCCAGGGGCCAAGGGCCAAGCAGCACAGAGCGGGCAAAAGCCUAAAGUAAAGAUAACUCCCUUCCACAGCUCACCCAUAGCCAGCAGUGAUGGAGCUGUGCGCAGCAAGCGACUGGGGCCAGCUUAUGGAAAACCACUGGCAGCUCCUGGCAGCCUGUUUCCAGGCACAUCUGGACGUCUGCCUGCUCCACCUGUCAGGGAUAGAGUCUCUGCUGCUGCUGCUGCUGCUGCUGCUGCUGGGAGGCCGGCGACCCAGACUCCCAGUUCAGGCUCUGUUCAGGCCACAUCAGUAGAAAAAGCACACACAAGUCCUGCUGUUGUCAAGCCUGCUGGCAGGAAGUCAGCGAAGUCGAGUCUGACGGACACACCGAAGUCUGCACCACCUGCUCACACGGAGCUCCAUCACAGCCAGAAAGGCAAAGAGAAAGAAAGGAGAGCUGACUCCACCUCCACCAAACCUCAGUCAGCUGUGAAGAGGAAGAAGAGGAAGAUGGGGAUGUACAACCUGGUUCCUAAAAAGAAGGCCAAGGCACUUAAACAGCAGGAGAAGAAAGAGGAUCCGGGCAGCAGUGUGGAGAAGAAACAAGUCGCAGCAGAUGAGAAACCAGCGACUCUACCAGAGACUCUGGAGGCGAGAGAACCAUCAGCUGUCAGAAAUGAACCACAGAUGGAAGGAGAAGGCAGCCAUGUUGAAUACACAGAGCUGGCUCUGGACUGUCUGGACCUGAAAGCUCAGGAGGAGCUGCUUUCACCUCCCCUGUCAGGUUUAGCAGCGGAUGCUGAGGUGACAGAAACAGACCUGGCUGAGGAGUUACCACUGUGCUGCUGCCGGAUGGAGACUCCUCACAGCGGAGGCAGCCUGUCCACGUUGGAUCAGACCUGCAUGGCCAUGGAGAGCACAGACGGAACGCUGAAUCGUUGUCAGAGGCGAGUGAUGAAGCAGGAAAUGAUGCGACCCUCCAACACAGUCCACCUGCUGGUUCUGUGUGAGGAUCACAGGGCCGGCAUGGUCAAGCACCAGUGCUGCCCCGGCUGCGGGCUCUUCUGCAGGGAGGGCACCUUCAUGGAGUGUCGGCCAUACGGCAGCAUCUCCCACCGCUUUCACAGAGAUUGCGCCUCCAUCUUGAAAGAUCGCAGGUUUUGCCCCCACUGUGGAGAGGAUGCCAGCGGGGCAAAGGAGGUCACGGUGCCGAAGCCUGACCCAUCGCCCUCCGUCCCCAGAUCGAACCCUGGGCCGUCACUUCCAGCUGUGCCUCCUGUAGCUGCCCUGCCGUCGGUACCCGCCACGCCUGCUGUUCCACAGAUACUCAGGGCGAAGAAGACCAGCGAGCCACAGAGGAGCAGAGACCAGAGCCCGAGCAGGUUGAAGGGCGAGGCUGUGAGUACUGACAGACUGCCUAAAGAGUCACUGGAGAGCAUCCUGAUGGCACUGGAUGAUGAGAACCUGAAACCAAAGAAAGUGAAGUACCCCACCAGGCAGCUGUACAUCUCUGCAAAACAAGGAGAGCUCCAGAAGGUCAUUCAUCUCCUAGUCGAUGGGAAGGACCCCAACUUUUUAAUGGAGGGCCAAAACAAACGCACCCCUCUCCACGCAGCAGCUGCUGAGGGUCACCAGGAGAUCUGCCACAUGCUGGUCCAGGCUGGAGCCAACCUGGACAUGUCUGAUGAGGAGCAGAGAACACCUCUGAUGGCAGCGUGUGAGAACAACCAUCUGGAAACAGUGAAGUACCUGCUGAGAGCCGGAGCAGCCGUCAGCCACAAGGAUAUCAUGGGUUUCACCUGUUUGCAUCUGGCAGCUAAACUGGGACAUUAUGACGUCGUCCAUCAUCUGCUCUCCAAGGCAUCCAAACACAUCAACUGUCAGGAUGAUGGGGGAUGGACCCCCAUCACCUGGGCCAUUGAGUACAAACACAAGGAGCUGGUCCACCUGCUGCUGACCAGAGGGGCCGACAUUAACAUCAGAGACAAGGAACAGAACGUCUGCCUGCACUGGGCGGCUCUGUCGGGGUGUGAUGACGUCGCCCAGGCUCUGCUGGAGGCCCGGUGUGACCUCGAUGCCGUCAACAUUCACGGAGACGCACCGCUUCACGUCGCUGCCAGAGAAAACCAUCUGGAGUGUGUGAUGUUGUUUCUGUCUCGUGGAGCUGACGUCAGUCAGAGGAACAGGGAGGGACAGACGGCUCUGGACUGCUGUGUCUAUGGCUCAAAGGUUUGGACGGCCCUCAACGCCAACAAGAAGCUGACGGACGCCAGGAGAGGCAGGGACUGUCUCGGAGAGCGAGUGCUCAGCAGGGACAUUUCUCGGGGGUACGAGGCGAUUCCAAUCCCCUGUGUUAAUGGUGUCGACAGCGAGCCAUGCCCUGAAAAUUUUAAAUACAUACCAGACAACUGUGUCACCUCCCCACUGAACAUCGACAAGGACAUCACUCACUUGCAGCACUGCAGCUGCACAGAUGAUUGUUCAUCCAGUACCUGUAUGUGUGGUCAGCUCAGUCUGCGUUGUUGGUAUGACAGUGAGGGUCGACUGCCGCUGGACUUCUGUCAGCGGGAGCCUCCGGUGCUGUUCGAGUGUAACCACGCCUGCUCCUGCUGGAGGACCUGCAGGAACCGAGUAGUCCAGAACGGACUCAGAGCCCGGCUGCAGCUCUUCAGAACACAGAAGAUGGGUUGGGGAGUGAGGGCCAUGCAGGAUAUCCCUCAAGGAACAUUCAUUUGCGAGUAUGUUGGGGAGAUCAUCACCGACGCAGAGGCUGACAAAAGAGAGAAUGACUCUUUCCUCUUCACACUCGACAAUAAGGUGGGUGACAUACACUGCAUUGAUGCAAGACUCUUUGGCAACAUCGGCCGCUUCAUCAACCAUCUGUGUGAACCCAACCUGCUGGCUGUGAGGGUGUUCACCAUGCACCAGGAUCUACGCUUCCCCCGGAUAGCCUUCUUCUCCAGUAGGCCCAUCAAAGCUGGAGACCAGAUAGGGUUGGACUACGGCGAUCACUACUGGAGGGUGAAGAGCAAGUACUUCAGCUGCCAGUGUGGUUCACUGAAGUGUCGCUACUUGUCUCCCAGCAGAUAGAUAACUCAAUGAUGACCACACUAGAGUGUAUCUCCCUCUUUCUGUCUGGACACACACCACUCUGUCCUUUACCACCAAUGUCAGAAACGCUAACUUCUGAAGCAGAUUACAGAUGUGAGCAAGGCUUUGAUUUUUGGUCUGUGUUGAUAUUCCAGUCCCAAAUUUCAAGCAACAAAUACAAGAUAAACACUGUUAAAAUCUGCCACCUAAAGGCACGAGAUCUAACUUAUUUAUACAGCUACAGUGGUAAGGUUACUUUGCUAUAUGAAGAACACUGCAGCUUGCCACCAGCCAGAAACACUGUAUGUGAGAGUGGGUUUAACCCCUUUUUAAAAGAAUCAGGUUAAUCAAGUUAAAAAAUCUUAACAGAUGAUUUUAACAUUGGUGGACUCUUCUUUUAAUACUGAAAUGUAUCAUGUUUUUGGAUUAAUGAAGUGAAGUCAUGUUUUUGAUAGUGUGAUUUCUUCUAUGAAUGUCCUUUUUACUACAUGUAUAAUUAGCAAUUAAACACAUUUUUAAAGCA